AUGGCAAAGGGUCUCCGCGCAAGCAGCAAAAAGGCGAACCGCACAAAGCUGCGCGCCAGAGUAUUUGGCCCUGUCGAGCAGGCGCGCAUGGAACGCCUGCAUGCCAAACUUCUCGAGACAGUCCAGCAGCCCAAGCCAGAAAGCAACCAGAUGGACACUGCUGAAGACACCAACACCGCAGCCGAGACCACCACCGCCGCCGCCAACGAGGACGACUUGCCCAAAGGUUCGUCUUUUCUCACUGCUCCCAUACCACGCUCCCUGUCCGACCCCUCCCCAAAGCCCCUCGACGCAGCACAAGACGACUGUGACCUUAGGAAUCUGUGCUUCCACCUGGGCUUGUGUUCCGAUGUCGUUGGCUUCACCACAGACGGCCACCUCGAGUUUGCCUUUGACCCACUCCCUCCACAUUGGUCGGACAUGGACGUCGACGGUGCCCCCGCUGCCACCACCUCCACCUCCACAAAGAGCUCCUUCAACAAGUCCAAGGACAAGAGCCAGACCCGCAAACAGCUUCGUCGCAAGCCCUCCAACAAGGUCUCCUUCCCCACCUCGCGAGGCAAAGGCGCCCUCAAGCCCUUCAAGGGCCAGACAGCCGGGCCCGGUCGCAUUGGCAAACGACGAUCAUGA